AUUGAACAAGCCACAAUCUAAAAGUGACUCAUAGACUCUAAAGGGCGGGUUAUCUUUGCCGCUUUGACGCCCAGGACGGGAUAUCGACUCGGAUCCCCAUGAUCAUUGGCUUCGAGACUCAAUACCCCGCUUCAGCUGGCUGCAUGUCAGAAAUUGAAUUGACUUUAAGACGCGGUGCAUCUCAGCUCCGAGGACAACAAGAUUCCACAGGAUAGUUCUUUCAAUCAACAAGACUAACUCCCUCUCUCACAAUGACCGAACCAACUCCAGAACUCAAAACCUACCAUGGCAAUUGCCACUGCGGUGCUUUCAAAUUCAGCGUCAAGAUUCCCGAGUUGAAAGGAGCAAUGACAUGCAAUUGCAGCAUGUGCUUGAAAAAGGGGACAUGGUGGGUGAUGGUGGGUCCGGGAAAUCUUAGUAUUGAGAAGGGUGAGGAUACAUUGAAGAGCUAUGAGUUUGGGAACUGCACUAUGGAUCAUAAGUUCUGCCCCACUUGUGGAACUGGUGUUUAUGCCAAGGUCAAGAAAUCACCUGCUGGAGUGGAUAUUGGUCUCAAUGUGAGAACCUUGCGAGAUGUUGAUCUGUGGUCUUUGGAAAUCACGAAAAUGGAUGGCGCUGCUCUCGAGCCAAAAUAUAAACCUCACCUAUACACCGGACCAGAGCCCACUGCCGAGUUCGAAAAUGCCAAAGUUUACACCGGAAGCUGUCAUUGCGGCGCAGUAGGAAUGGCAAUGAAGACUGCUGGUCCCCUUGCAAAAAGCGGUCAGCAUAUCGAAGAGUGCGACUGCAGCAUCUGUGCACGAGAAGGCGUAAUACUCACCUACCCCUCCCCCUCCCAAAUCCACAUCACCAACGCCUCUUUCCUAACAUCCUACUCAUGCGGUCGUAAAUGGCGCAGCUGGGAAUUUUGCCCAAUCUGCGGUGUCUGUGUCUGGGCUAGGAAGCACGAUCUCACUCCGGAGCAAUAUAAUGCGUUUGGUGAUGCGGAUGAGGACUAUGCUGUUUGGAGAGCCAGGAUGAAUGUCAAUUUGAGAGUGCUGGAAGGCGUGGAGUGGGAUGAGAUAAAGGUUGAGAGGGGUGAGAAUGAGAGUGAGCCGAAGUAUGUUGUGGUGUGAGGAGGGAUGGGAAAGACUGUGCACAUGAGGUUGCCGUUCGUUCUUGUACUGUGUGUGUGAUACCUUGAUCUUUCAUUAUCUCUCACUUCUGCGUGCUCCCCCAUUCGUGACUUUCAAUCAUUAUUUGCUUUGUUUCCCUGUCGAAGCGAGGUCCCUAACAGCUCAAAAGUACGUGUUUCCAGCAGAUAGUACAUAGACAUGUAUAAGGAGGAGGUAACUUCGGACCUUGAUCAAAAUGAAAAUUACGAAUCUUUACGGCCGUAGUUUAGAGUCUACAUAAAUCUGUAGCCUUUGUGACAGAGCGCAUGUACUGUUCCUGGACUCCUACGACCCAUCAAAGAGCCACGGGAGGUAGCAAGAAACAUGGCUUGACCUAAGAUGCUGUU